CAAGUUGAGAGUAGGCAUUCACGUUUAUUUUUAGGCGCCGCUUGCUGCCAGAGUUUUGCUGCUGCAUUUGCUCGGGGUGUUGACGCAGGGAGCUGGCUCGCUGCUGUAGGGAGGGUGAACAGAGAUGGGAGGGGGUGAAAAACCCAGGGUGUUGUGUUUUGUUAAAAUUCAGGAAGGUUCGAUGGAGCUGCAGGCCGAGAACUGCGGCCGGGGAAGGGUGUAGUCUCCCAUCGGGCGGAGGAAGGCUGGAGAGCGGGCUUCGCUUCACUGACAGCCAGCCCACAAGUGUGAAUUUUUCCUCUCUCUCUCCUCUUCCUUCUCACAUACAACCAGAGAGAGAGGGAGAGAUCGCAGCUGUAAGAAAGCAAGCUGAGAACGGGCGGAUAUAUAUAUAUAUAUAAAAUAACAAAUGCUAAAAGGUGGUGUGAGAGAGGGCGGGGAAGGUGUGUGAGUGAGUGAGACAGAGCGAGAGGAGCACUGCCUGGACUGUCAGAAUGAGCCACGGAGAGUUGGGAUGUAGACUAUAUACUAACUAAAGGCGGGGUUAAAGUUCAGGAUGGAGAAGAGAGCUGGCUUCAGUUCGAGACUGAAAUGUGAAAGCCGGCUUUUCCUCUCACCACCACCAGCACCGCCACAAUAAUGUACUCUCCGCUCUGUCUCACCCAGGAUGAAUUCCAUCCCUUCAUUGAAGCACUUCUGCCCCAUGUCCGAGCCUUUGCAUACACAUGGUUCAACUUGCAAGCCCGAAAACGAAAAUACUUCAAGAAGCAUGAGAAGCGCAUGUCAAAGGAGGAAGAGAGAGCGGUGAAGGAUGAACUCCUGAGUGAAAAACAAGAAGUGAAGCAGAAAUGGGCAUCCAGGCUUCUGGCAAAGCUGCGCAAAGACAUCCGACCUGAGUAUCGAGAGGAUUUUGUGCUCUCAGUCACUGGGAAGAAACCUUCUUGCUGUGUGCUUUCAAACCCAGACCAGAAAGGCAAGAUGCGGCGAAUUGACUGUCUGCGUCAAGCAGACAAGGUCUGGAGGCUGGACCUGGUUAUGGUGAUUUUAUUCAAAGGUGUUCCGCUCGAAAGUACUGAUGGUGAACGACUCGUAAAGUCCUCGCAGUGCUCUAACCCUGGGCUGUGCGUACAGCCACAUCAUAUAGGAGUUUCUGUUAAGGAACUCGAUUUAUAUUUGGCGUACUUUGCGCAGGCAGCGGAUUCAGGUCAGUCUGAAAGCCCUAGCCAGGAAAGUGAGGAUAUCAAGGACCAGCCAGAAAAUGGACAUUUGGGCUUCCAAGACAGCUUUGUCACAUCGGGUGUGUUCAGUGUCACUGAGCUUGUCAGAGUGUCACAAACGCCAAUAGCUGCCGGAACAGGCCCGAAUUUCUCCCUCUCAGAUUUGGAGGGAUCUUCGUAUUAUAGCAUGAGCCCUGGGGCCAUGAGGAGGUCUUUGCCCAGCACGUCCUCCAGCAGUUCUACAAAGCGCCACAAAUCAAUGGAAGAUGAAAUGGACAGCCCUGGUGAAGAACCUUUUUAUACCAACCAGGGUCGAUCUCCAGGAAGUGGCAGUCAAUCCAGUGGUUGGCAUGAGGUGGAGCCAGGAAUGCCAUCGCCUACUACACUAAAGAAGUCAGAGAAGUCUGGUUUCAGCAGUCCCACGCCUUCGCAGACCUCCUCCCCUCGAACGGCAUUUACACAUCAUCAUCGGCCUGUGAUUACAGCACCCAGAGCAAGUCCCCAUGCGACAGCCUCAACUCUACAUUUUCCAACGUCUCCCAUCAUCCAGCAGCCAGGUCCUUAUUUCUCGCACACAGCCAUCCGCUACCAUCCACACCCUAGUCAGGAAACCCUGAAGGAGUUUGUCCAACUGGUCUGCCCUGACACCAGCCAGCAGUCAGGACAGGUGGGGUUCCUAAAUCCCAAUGGAAGCAGCCAGGGCAAAGUCCAUAAUCCAUUCCUUCCCACUCCAAUGUUGCCACCUCCACCUCCUCCACCUAUGGCCAGGCCUGUGCCUUUGCCAGUGCCAGACACAAAACCAACUACCACAUCUACAGAUGGAGGAGCAGCAUCACCUACUUCACCCAUCCUGGUACCUGGGAUAAAGGCCAUAGCUUCCCGCCACCCAGCAGACAGACCACCUGACCCCUUCCCAAUUCUGCAACAUGGGAGCAAGACAUCUUCACUUCAAGCUGUGGGGGGAGGGGAGAUCAAUAGAAUUUCAACAGAAGAAAUGACAUGAAACAGCACGCCUAAAGGCUGAAUGAUGAAGACCAUAGCAAUGGAUUUACUUAAUAAGAACUGGUCAUACUCGUCAUUUUUGUUACCGUGCUAUUGAUAUGCAAGGGUCUGUUACUGAGGAACUGAAAUACUUAGGCUCUGUUAGAAAUUUAUGAAGUGUUUUAAUAGUAGAACAUAGUAGACAUAGCAAGGUAGUUUCUCAUACCGGAUAGAAAUAGUCCGUUUCACUUACUGACUGUAUGAUUAUUACACAAUUAUGGAGAGUCUAAUUAUUUCAGGCUAUCUCGAGCAAGCAGGGGACCCUCAACAGGUAAAAUAUUAGUGAAAGAUAAUGAAACACAAGUGUUUUGAAGUUCCAUAGCUAAAUCCUGCAAGAUACAAAAUACUGCAACACCAUGGAAAUAGCUAGGGCAGCUUUCUCUGCAACAUAUCACAAAAUACAGCUCUUCUUUUUUUCCAGAAAAUUAAUUGAACUCAAACCCAGCUAUGUACUGACAUAUAUCAGUUAUCAUGGCUCCAAAAGGCAUCCUGAAAGGUAUAUAAAAUUCAAAUAUCUCACAGCAAGAAGAUUAAAAUGCUGCAUUCACACCAAUUUUUUUUGGGUUUUUUUCUCUGACAUUUAAUAAGAAAAAUAUUAAAAAUAAGAAAUCCAUGCAAACUGGGGAGGAUGGUCUGCUUUGAUUGAAACUGACAGGAAUCAAUCAAAAAAGGUUUAAUUUUUUUGAUUAAUUGAGUAAAGUGCAAUUUCAUUGGAUAGUUAAAUAACUUUGUAUGAUAGAGAUUGUUGAAAAUUCUAUUUUUGUUUUCCAAGUCCUCCCACCCCAGGACUCUAAACUAUCGGGGUAAAAUCAUAGCCUUGCAAGAAAAAAAGGGGAGCUAUUUUUUGCUUUUUUUAUUUUUUUUAAAAUAAACUUGCAUCCCUCAAGUAAACUGAAGGAAGAUUUAAAAAAAAAUUAAAAAAAAGCUAAUGGUGCUUUUACCAGAUCAUGUAAACUACAUUCAAAAUUAUAGCUAAUCAUUGUUUUAACUAAGCACAUAAUAGAAAAUCGCCACAUUGUACUACAAGUAAAUUUCUUUCCAAGUUCAAAGACACAAUAUGCGGAUUAAGAUCUUGACGAAUUUGUGUUCCACCUUAGAACACUGGAAUUCAGAUCCAUACGUUAUAUCUAGAAAUCUAUCCGUAUCGACUUAAGCAACUUGUACAUGUAAGUAAUAAAAAAAACAUUGCAUUGAAAUAGAUUUUUGACCAAACAGCAAAGCAAGCCCUCAUCCACACUAUGAGGUGUGCUUUGCAAAUAUUUAACAAACCAUUUUCCCAUGGUAUACCAACCGUAUAUAUUCUCUGCUUGGCUUGCCAGCCAAUCAGACAUUUAAAAUGCAUGAUCUAGUGUUAGUGACUAAUUUUUAUAUAGACAAUGUAGGAAAGAUGUAUAGUGCAUUAAGACACAAGAAAUAUAAUCCCUAUUCCGGGCACUUGCCUUUUGAAACGUACUUGUUGGGCCCAAGAAAAUGGGUCCCUACUACUGUCCUAUACAAUCAGUAAACAGAAAGUCUUGGGAAGACACUUUUGCUCCUCACUUUUUCCCUAAUGGAAUAAGUUUCUUGAUUUGCACGAAUAAUAUGAAAAAAUUCCGCAUCAAUGUGCCUUGCCCUGGAUAGCAAUUAUACGUGGAAUCAUUGCACAUGUUCCUAUAAUGUAACAAUCCUCUUGGGUCUUUUCCUGGUGUAGCAAUCAGAGACACUUUUUAAAUGCGACAUUGAUGUCAGCCAUUGUAAAGUUUCAACAUGUAGAAAACAAAUCAGUUUUGCCGCAUAUAGGAUUAGAUUUCAUUGUCCUGUACGGUCAGUGCUUUUGAAAUCUGUAGAUGCUAGUGUAUCAAUAUUUUUUGGAUGUUGCUACGUUUUAAUAUUAUUUGGUGUCUUCCUUUGUUUUCCCAGAUAUAUGAAAAAAUAUGCAAUACCUGAUUUAUCAUGUAGAAAUGCUUAGCAAGUUUUACUUUAAUUUUUUUUUUAUUUGACCAAAGUUGGUGCUGCUGUUAAUGCAGUCUGUUAGGUGUUUGUCUUGUAAAUUAUAAACGCUGAAUGCACAGACAGAAAGGGCUCUCCUUAGAGUUGCAGUAGAACUGUGAAGCACUAAGCUGAACCCUGCUCCAACAAAUUUCAGAACAGUUUGUUCACAUUUGAGCCUUAAACUUUCAUUCAAAUCCCAGACCCAUUUUUUUUCUCAGCAUAGCAGACUGCAAGGAAUUUGCAUUCAAGAAAAAUCAAAAAAUGCCCAUUUUAUAUGCACAUUUGAAACUUCCAAGUUUUCAAAUUGUUUACUGAUUAUGUAUAUUAAAAUGAUUGAAACAAGUUUCUGGAUUUUGAUAGGUGUCUACUAAGUGGUGAGUAAGUGUUCCACAAUACUGUAUUGUGUGAUUGUAAUUGUUCGAUGUAAUUUCUUGUAAUCCACAUCCUUAGCCUUCCUUUAGCACGUAGCUGGGCAUUACAUUGACAUAUGUGCACUAUAAAGAGCAGCUUGCAGUGCUUCACAGUGAAGGAAAUAGCACGGACAAACUUUUUUUGUAAGAACCUUGUCAAAAGCCAAGGUUUAAGAGUAGAAUUGGUUGUACAUACAAAAUAAUAAGUAAAAGAAAUUGCACCCUGUUUUUAAAACAGUUUUAAAAAAAAGCAAUAGUUCGGGCAGUUUUUUUUUUAAUUUCUUUUUUCGUUGGUGAGUGCGAUUAGUCGUGGCUGCAAAGCAAGGAAAGAAAAAAAGUUGAGCUGCCCAUUCAGCAGAUUUGUAAUUUGUAUGUUGUAUAGUUGUAUUAAUUACACUGAUUUAAUCUGCCCUAUUUUGUAAUGCAGGAACUUUUGUAACAUUGUUAAAAUGAGAAAAAAAAAUCUGUCAACUUAGCUUAGUGGAUUUUCUGAUUGUUUGUUAUAAGGCAGCAUUCGUAGUAUUGCUAUUCCUCUGGGAACUGGAUUUGAGUUAAAAACUUUCCUGUUUCCUUUUUGUAUGUAUUUAAGUACUUUAUUUUUCUUCUUCGAUUGGUAUGGCAUAUUCCUAUACUUAUAAAGUAUAGGCUACUGAAGAACCAUUGUAAAUGGAUAUUACAUGCUGUAUUUUUGAAGGUAUUUGUUGUUUCAAGUCUGAAAGAUGCUAGGGGAACCUGAACAAAUUUAAAGUUUAAAAAGGAAAAGUUUUUUAAAAAGGUUUGAAAAAAUGAUAGUGUGUAGGCAAAAGCGUAAAGGAUGGAACAGACUGGGGUUGUAAGUAUUAUUAAGCUAACUCUCUUUCACAGUAUCAAGCAAAGAACACAACAAAAUUAGAAAUCAGUUUCAUUCUGGAGGUAUAGACAGCAUGUCAUUUUGUGAAUCCAACAGAAGUGUGAUUUUUCUUUCUUUCCCCCUCCCCCUUCCCCUCACCACCAACCUCCUCAAGCUGGUUAAAUGUUACCUUAACCCACUGAGUAUUGAAUUAUCGUUGCAUCAUUUCUAAAAUGUAACCUUAGAAUGUUGUCAAGGUAGAAAAAGAACAAUGUUCAUGUCUGCAACAUCAGGUUAGAAAUGUAUGUUUUUGCCUUUUUUAGUUGUGCGAAACAAUGAUCAUAGUUUUUUUUUGUCUGACAAUAAGUCUGCAGUUCUGAUUGACCGACUUCAGAGUCAAGGUUGAGCUUAGUCAAAUAACAGUAGUGCCAGACUAGAAACUGCCUGAAGCGCUAGAUCAGCUUUUCUUUACCAGAAAGGGAGGGAGAGGGAUAAAGACCACACAAGAAUAAGAUUUCCUCUCAGAAGCAUAGUUUGCAGAAUUCAGUCAGCCCGCAGGAAUAUGCAAGUUCCAUGACAGGUUAUCUCACCUUUUCCUUCAUGCAUUUUGCAGCUUUGUAGUGGCAGUGUUGUUAAAAUAUAUACUGGACAAAAAAACAGAUACACAGCUUGAGACAGUUUUUUUUCCUUGUGGUGAUUUUUGGAAUGUCAAACAAUAUUACACUUUGAAUUGUGUCUCUGGAAAUAUCUUUGAUAGAAGGCCUCCAUGGAACAAAGUACCAUAAGAACAUGACUUUGAGUUUGGCUUGAUAAUAUAAGGAGAGCUUUAAUGGCACCUGGCAGGAUUCAGAUGCACUAAAAUUUAAAAAGUCUUGUCUUGAGAGUAAUGCAUGCAUCAGCGUUUGACAGUAAAAUUCAGCUUUGCAACUGCAAACCUAGGCUGUAUAACAGUUCAGCUCGUAACUUAGGAAGUCUUUUGAAUAAAAAAAAGUUUAAAAUCUUUCCAGCCAGUACCGAAAAUUGCUUUGAUGUGUAGCAGGUAACAUUGAAGCUGUCCAUAGCACUUAAUUGUAAUGAGUACUGUGUCAUCAACUUUAUAAUUAAAUUUACUGUUAAAUGCAAAUCCAUUACAUGGUGCUAUUACAGGCUGGCAAUGAAAUGUGACAACUUGGGCUCACUUCACUUGCUUUAUGACAGUGUAAAUGUGUAGCAGUGUUUUCUGCAUGGGAACUAUGCACAAAAUCUAUCGUUAACCUUGGUAUCUAUUGAGUUUACGUCAAUCCUUGCCUUUUGUCAUUAUUAUAAAUGCCAGCUUUAGAUAAAAGAAAGAAAUAAGAAUACCAGCAUAUUACCUGAAACAUUACAAAAAGUGGUGCCUGUGAAAUCUGUAUUAUAUGAAUCUUCUGAACUACAAUUUUCUACAACGGUCGCCUUCGCUGUCUGUCAGAACCUUCUCCUGAUGAUUAAGCAAAUGUAAAGUAACCAUACAAUAUUACUGCAUGCUAUUCCAUAAUGCUUAUUGAGCUGUAUAAAUAUUACUCAAGUUUAUGUUAGUCAUUUUUUUUCCUGACUUGGUUCUUGUCAGAUAGUUUUAAAGAUAUUUCACUGAGAACACAUCUGUCUAUUUUUGGGGGUGUUUUCAGUAUUUUUCGAGGUAAUACAUUUACUUUUUAAAAACAUUUUCAGUAUUACUUUUUUGUUUGUUUAUUUUGCUUCACCCUCGGGGGUGGGCACAGUUCAAAAUUUAGAAACUGUGUACCCGACAACACUUACCUGAAAGUUACCUAUAAGUGGCAUCGCACGCGAUUCAGUUUGAUUUUUUUUAAUGACGUCUGUGCAUUUACCGUCCCAUUACUGUGCAGCAGUGCUGUUUUGUCUGGGUUAGAAGCUCCUUUCCCAACAGAAGGACUUAAAAGAAAUUUAGAUCUUUGGGAGCAGGUAGCACUUUAACAGGCGGGUGAAUGGGUACCCGUGCCCACCCCUACCUUCACACCAGAGCACGUAUUUUUAAAACGAGAAAAAAGUGGCUGUUUAGUUUCAUGCACGGUUGAACAUUUACUUUAGAUAAAUUCAGUAAAAAUGUUGUGCCUCUAGUACUGGCAAUGAUUCUGUUCUCGUGGUCAUUUUUAAAAAAAAAAACGUGUAUGUGAAAGUAUGUUAUUGGUUGAGAAACACUGUGGGCAUCAAUUCUUACUCAACUAAAUCUCUGCAAGUUUUGAGCUGGUGUGGAUUAGUUUAACUCUUGUAUUCAACCAUUAGUGCUACCACCUUCUCACAUUACAAUACGAUUACUGGAAGCAAGUGCUGCAUUUCCUAUGCAACAUAAAAAGGAAAAUAAAAUGCUAAUGCUACUGUA